UUCGCACCUUUGAACGAUGGCCGACAAACGCGCGGGCAUCUACUUUGGGGAGAUCUCGGCGACGAAUGCGAUCGCACAGGCCGAGGCCAGUGCAGUGGAAGCAGGUAUUCGUGCAGGGAACAUCAGCAGUGGCAAUGCAGUUGAACGCGAAGUGUUGGAACUGUCGGCAACCAGUCGCAGCGCCCAAGAGAAGCACGCCCAGCUCCUGCGAUCGUUAGAGACUGAGAAGCGGUCCCGCGCAGUAAACGUCCCGACUCGACCUGAGGAUGUCAUUCGUCAACUUCGAAGCUUGGGUCACCCCAUCACAUUGUUUGGUGAACGACCAGAAGAUCGCCGUGCACGGUUGCGCACAAUCUUAUCGGCACUUGCCGUCGACGGCGUUCUUCCUGUCCCUCGCGACGUGUCCUCGGUAGCUGGGGUGGGUUACGAGAAGGAAAAGAAGGUUCCCUUGGAAGACCAACUGUUCUACGUGCCUGUCAAGUCGAAUGACCUCAAGUACGCGCGUCAGGCGCUGUUCAACUACUCGAUGGUCCGCACCAAUGCUCGCCUCGCAAAUGAACGCGCGCAGCAGGAUUCGUCCAUCUUCGAGCUCGAUGCCCACGCCGCCGACCUCUACCACACGUCCCAGACCAUCGCCGUCAAUGCGAGUCAGCUCGCAGACGUCCGACCGCUCUCGGUUGUCCGAUAUUCGCCCGACGCGUCCAUGCUGAGUACCGGUUCCUGGAGCUCCAGCGUUAAGUUAUGGGACUCCAAGACGUGUGUGCAAUUGCACACCUUCCAUGGCCAUACGGACCGCAUCACAGGACUGGCUUGGCAUCCCACGGCUAACGUCAGCGGCGGCAGCUCCCUCGUCCUCGCGAGCGCGUCCGCCGACGGCACAGCGAUGCUGUGGAAACAGCAGGACACGAAGCCCGUAGUAACGCUCAAAGGUCACCAGAGCCGUCUUGGCCAGGUCGCGUUUCACCCGAUGGGCGCGCAUGUUCUCACAGCAAGCUACGAUCACACGUGGCGGCUGUGGGAUGCGGAGAAGGGCACGGAGCUGUUGUUGCAGGAAGGACAUUACCGGGAGAUAUACGCCAUAUCAUGCCAAGGAGACGGCGCGCUGUGUGCGACGGGAGAUCUCGGCGGCAUCGGGCGAGUGUGGGACCUGCGCAGCGGCAAGUCGAUCAUGACACUGCAAGGCCACGCCAAGCAAAUCGUGUCGCUGGAUUGGAAUGUAAAUGGGUAUGUGGUGGCAAGCGGUAGCGACGACCAUUCCGUGCGCAUCUGGGACCUACGGAAACGACAGAACGUGUACGUCGUGCCUGCUCAUGACGGCAUGGUGUCGACCGUGCGGUUCUCAGCGUCUGGCGAACUUCUGGCCACGAGCUCGUUCGAUGGAAGCAUGAAGCUGUGGCGCAGUCGUAACUGGACCCUCCUUAGCGUGCUCAAGGGCCACGACGGCAAGAUCAUGUCGAUGGAUGUCGCGCCAGACGAGAAGCACUUUGUCUCGGUCGGCUUCGAUCGGACGUUCAAAACAUGGGCGCCAGAAGCCGAGUGUUGAAAUAUCACGUAUUUUAAACUCAUUUGAAACGUAUCGACCGGAUUUUAAAAGCCAGGUGUA